GCAUAUCUAAACUUCAUUGAAUUUGGAUCAGGAACCUUCCUGAUGCUAAAAGGUACAAGGAGCAGCAGUGUCUCUGUUGUUCAGCAGCCAGAGUCUGAGUCAGUCCAGCCAGGAGACUCUGUCACUCUCAGCUGCUCUGUUCACACUGGUGACUGUGGAGGGGAACACACCAGUGUCUUCUGGCUGAAAAGCUCAGAAAGUUCUGGGUCAGGAAUUAUUUACAACUCUGGAAAUAGGAAUGACAGCUGUGAGAGGACUGAGACCGGCUCUCUAGAAACUAGCUGUGUCUACAAGCUUCCCAAGCAGAACCUGAGCUCUGACGAUGCUGGAACCUACUACUGUGUUGUGGCUUCAUGUGGGGAGACACUGUUUGGAAAUGGGACCAAGCUUUACAUUAAAGGAAACUCCACCACCUCAGCUGCUCUGAGUCCAGCUGUCAUUGCACUGGUUUUGUCUAACAUCGUUCUUGGGAUGGCGACGCUUCUACUUGUAUGGGCGCUUUGCAAGAGUCAGAGCAAAGAUCCCACAGAGGGAAAUGAUGGAUCUUGUGAAGGCAACCAGACUGGUGAUGAUGUUAACUAUGCAGCAGUGAGUUUGGCUUCCAGAAGCUCCUCCUCCAGGACAGCCAAUGCCAAACACUCCAGGACAGCCAAAGCCAAACACAGCGCAGAUGCUGUGCUUUAUUCUGAGGUUAGAUGCCGUGACCAGUGGGAUGUUCUGUGCCUCCACCAUGUUCAUCGUGAGGUGGAUGGACUACUCCUUGAGGGCGCUGCUCAAGUCAUGGCACUCAUCCACAGCAUCUCCCUGUUCAGGUCUUUGAUGUCCUCCCUGGGGGCCCAGCAGGACACUGGUUUACCACUGGAAAUCGCCACCAAACCAGAGCUGAUUUCAUUGUUCUUCUCCUCCAUGGCUAUGGCUCUGUCCUAG